CCAUGGAAAAGAUUAAAAACCUAAGGAAUUUUGGGAGCUGUGGCGACAUUAUGUGGCCAUCCUUUAAAUGUUGGGCAGAUGAGAUGGGGAUGACGGAGGAAGCCAAAACUCUAGCCUUCAGCGAAAAGCAGAUUCAGGUGUAUGUGUACCAUGCUUUGAUGCACAGAAACUCCCGUGAAAGACUCUCGGAAGAUCCCCCAACACAAGAAGCAGCCCUUGAGCUAAUCAGGAAGAAGAUUGCUCAGGAAAAUUCCCGCAAUCUCAGGUCUACUUUGACAAAGGAGACCGAGGAGUACACAGUGCAGAAGUGGCGAAAGAUAUACAUGGAAGCCCACAGCCCUUUGGUGAUGCCAAUGACACGGCAGGAAGUUGUGGAUUCUGCUCAAGCCAGGGGAGUUCAAGUUACAUUAGAAAACUUCAGUAACACAUACAGAUAUGAUGAGAGGCUGCUUCUAGUACGUAAUGCCUGUCAGAUCCCACGUUGCCCCCAUUUCCUGCAUCCCCACAGGAACUUCAACCAGCACUUGUCCAUUGAGCGAGAGAGACCCAACUUUCCUCACGCUCUGCACAUAGUAUCAUAUGAAUUUAAAGGUGGGGAUGUGGAGACUGUCGUAGAAAGGUUGGCCUCUGGAAAUUAUGCAGGAACAAAGAACCGACAUAAUCCACCUCCUCCAGAACCUGCAUCUCUCGCAAGCCUUAAAGAGGAAAUGACAGAAUUGCUAAGUAGAUAUGAAAAACUGUAGUCACAUUAUUAAUGUUAACUUAUUUCUGUUAUUUUUAAUAUCAAUGCUGUUAUGAUGAUGAUUGAAUUUAUAAUUAUUGUGUUACAGCCAACUUCUGAACAAUCAGAAUUCCAAUGUGCAUCCUCUCUCCAUAAUUGUUUCUAUAGUUUACAUGAAUCAUCAAACUCAUUAAGCAGCUGUGUAGAGAAAUAAAGCUUAGAAUACCAUAUUCACUCAGCUAAUCACGUCACAAAAUGCUUCUCCAGAUUGAAAGACUUCAGAGUAGGAGAAAUAGGUCACCAUUUGUUGUUAUGUUUCACAAAAUAUUUUAAUGCUCAAAAGUUUUGAAACUAGAAGUGAGAAAUAAGUAAUAAGUAAUCCUUUCUUUUAUUUUUUCCCUUUAUCAUAGAAGUUUGCUUAAACUUGUGGAACAAUCCUUUCUUGCUCUUAUAAAAAAGGAAGAAAAAAAGAAUUGCAUAUUUAGUAACAAAAUCAUUCCAUUUUUUAAGUUACCCAUAUAUUUUUUAAUAUGAGGUACAUGGUUUAGCCAUUCCUUGAGAAUGUUAGCUAAUUGUUAAAUGAAAUUCAACAAGAAGGAAUACAUGGCCUCUAAUUUCUAACAUAUAAAAUAAAAAGAUAAAAAG